AUGGAUAUUGAAGAGGUUUCUUCGCUACGAGAGACAACCGAGAACCUCAUCUUGCCUGUCGUAUCCAUGUUGGUUCCAGGGCGACUCCUGUGUUUAGCAUACGCGUUCCUGUGGGGAUGGGUGGCAUCAGCAUCCUCGUUCAAGAGAGUUUGCUACUUCACAAACUGGUCCGGGGACCUUCUUAUCCCUGAGGCCUAUUUCAAGCUGGAGGACAUUGAUCCCAGACUGUGUUCACAUCUAAUAUAUGCAUUCGCCAAAAUCAACACGGAAACCCUCGAGCUUCUUCCUACGAGGCCCGACGACGAAGGUGAAGAUGGAGAACUGGGACGUUAUGUACUGUUCAACAACUUGAAGAAAGACCAUCCCGGCUUGGUGACCCUGUUGUCUGUCGGGGGGUCGCUGCAGGCCAAUACAGGGUUCGGUAAAGUCGUGGAAUCGAUGGAAAAGAGGCGGAAAUUUGCCAAUAACUGUGUGGCGUUCUUGAGACUAUGGGGCUUCGAUGGGUUGGACGUCGACUGGGAAUACCCAGGAAAUCCCCCCGAAACUAGAACAAAUUUUACAAUGCUGUUGUUGGAACUCCGAACUGUCUUCGAAGAAGAGUCCGAGGCGACUGGCAGAAAGCGGUUGUUGCUGUCGAUGGCCGCCCCAGUGAGCGAGGACCUCAUUACUCAGGGAUAUGAGAUUAGCAAGGUGUCGAGACUAGUUGACUUCAUCAACCUGAUGGCGUACGACUUCCACGGCGCCUGGAACCACAUCAGCGGCUUCAACGCCCCUCUGUACUCACGGAAAGGGGACUGGCAGUUCAUGCCCGACCUCAAUGUGGAAUGGGCCGUUGACACUUGGAUCAAACGGGGUGCACCUGCCGAGAAGAUAGUUGUUGGAAUAGCCGGCUAUGGAGCCUCAUAUACACUAGCCGACGCGUCGAGUAAUGGUGUCGGAGCCGAGGUGUCGGGACCGGGAAAACCGGGCCCCUACAGAGUGAUGGAGGGGCAGCUGGCGUUCUAUGAGGUGUGUGAGAUGCUCGAUAAGGGAGAAGCUAGCUACGCCUGGGACGACCUUCAGAAAGUGCCAUACAUCUACAACAACGACACCUGGGUCGGAUAUGAUGACGAGAGAAGUGUUGCCGUCAAGACUGAGUGGAUGAUUCAGAAGAACAUGGGUGGCGUGAUGCUGUGGUCCCUUGACUUGGAUGACUUCAAAGGAACAUAUUAUACUUUGAUGACAUCACAGUCCCACCACCAAGAACCACACCCACUACAACGACAACAACUACUACGACAACGACAAAACCCCAACAACGACCACAACUACAACGUCGACGACAACACCUACCCCUACUACUACUACCUCUACGACAACAAGCACCACAACGCAAACGACAACGGUUGCAAAGAGUACGCCAACUGGGACGUCAACGACAUUCCUAAAUGGGUACGCACAGAUGCAGGCGUCGACAACAACGACAACAAUGAUAUUGGUAACAUCGGGAAAGAGCAGGAGGGUGAUACAGAUGGCAAUGCUAUUGUCGAUGAUGUUGGGAAUGCCGCCGCUAGUGGCGACAUCGGUGCGGACAACAAUGCUGGCAUAACUGCAAGCGGGUUCAAACUCAUUGACACAAAGAUCAAAGAGAUAGAAUAA